GGUGAUCACACGAGCCAGCGCAUUUCCCCAGCAGAAUCCGACAGGCUUCCAAGGGGGGAGAAGAACCAAAGCUAACCCACCCUCUUGCCUUUGGCUUGUUUUUACCAACCUGCAUACACGUCAUACCAGGUCCUCAGAGCUCCUCAGCCUCGCCCGCUUCUUGAAUCAGGACGGGCCAAGGCUGAUCCUCGCAAGAGCGGCAACCGCAUCUCCCUUUUGAAACCUCAUAGCCCGUCGACUUUCAUACCACCGCCAAACUGUCGGACUCUCAGGACGCCGGGCAGGCGGCCCGCAAAUCGCCGGAUCUGCAUCGGCCCAUUUUGCAGUCCAUGCCAGACACGCGGCAGCAGAGCUUUGACGAGAUUUAUGGGCCGCCAGAGAACUUUCUCGAGAUAGAGGUACGGAAUCCUCGAACACACGGCAUGGGACGCUCCAUGUACACCGACUACGAGAUCCUCUGCCGCACAAACAUCCCCGCCUUCAAGCUCCGCCAGAGCAGCGUCCGCAGGCGUUACUCCGACUUUGAAUAUUUCCGCGACAUCCUCGAGCGCGAAAGUGCCCGCGUGACGAUCCCGCCUCUGCCCGGCAAGGUCUUCACCAACCGCUUCAGCGACGAUGUCAUUGAGAACCGGCGGGCAGGGCUGGAGAAGUUUCUGAAGAUUGUGGUUGGGCACCCGCUGCUGCAGACUGGGAGCAAGGUGCUGGCAGCGUUUGUUCAGGACCCCAACUGGGAUCGUAAUGCGUGGUGAGGGAAGUUCUCUGGCUGAGAUGGCUUUAAUGCUUUAGGGGGGAAGAAGACCGAAGCUACCCGUUUAUAUAUAUCCCAAGCCAAAAAGGAAGGCAGUACGUCGAAUUAAGCGAAGUUUCUAUUGUGCUAUCAGCCACUCUAGAUCAUGGGAAGUGAUGUUUGGCAAAUUGAAAACGUGGUAUAGCGCUUGUAAGAUGGGAGAGGCCAAUGACAUCUGGGACAAUUCUACGUUACCCUUGCUUUUUUUCUCAGCCUGAGCUCAUCUUGCCCUUUUCUUUCUUCUCGGCUCGAAUUACCGGCCUUUCUUUAUUUCACAUUUAGUGUUAUGUCAGUCUUUAGCAGGCUGCAAUUUUUCUCUUCUUUAAAGUAGCAACUCGGUUGCUUAUUAUUGUUGCUCGAGCAAGCAGGAACAGGGACUUUUCUUGACAGAAAGUGGAAAAGCAAGGGACGUCUCAUGGCCAGCAGCACUUAUUGUACAUGUUAACAAAUUCAAACUCAAAUUC